AUGGACCAGAUUCGAGACCAGCUGUCCAACGUGUCCCUGUACGACGUCAAGGCGUACGUGCGCAAGGCCCAGAAUGCCGUGAUGAACUUCACGCCCAUCGAAGCCAAGGUUCGAGAGGCCACCAACAACGAGCCAUGGGGAGCCUCCAGCACAGCCAUGCAGGAGAUUGCGGAUGCCACCCACAACUACAACGAGUUCCACGACAUCAUGUCGAUGAUCUACCGACGGUUUACCGACAAGACGUCGGAGGAGUGGCGCCAGAUCUACAAGGCUCUGCAGCUGUUGGACUACCUGGUCAAGCAUGGUUCGGAGCGGGUCAUUGACUACGCCCGAUCCCACGUAGGAGUGAUCCAGAUGCUCAAGAACUUUCACUUCAUCGACGCCAACGGCAAAGACCAGGGUAUCAACGUGCGAAACCGGGCUAAGGAGCUCAACGAGCUGCUCAAGGAUGUUGCUCGAAUCCGGGCCGAGCGAAAAAAGGCCCGAGCACAAAAAAGCAAGACCAAGGGCUUCGGCGGCACCGGCAACAAGUACGGUGGCUUUGGUAAUGACGCCGCAAACUCCGUCCAGCUGGGCGGUGGCGGAAUGGGAGGAAGAUCGCGGGCGGGCCGGUUUUCGACCUCAGGCUCGUCGUCCGGAUUUGGAGCAUACGGAGGAGGCCGUGUCUUUGGCGACGGAGGAGGCUUCGAUGGCUCCGAAUACGACGGACCCGGGUACGGCAACAGCGCCGAGGCCAGCGGAUCGGGCGAGUUCAACGACAAUGAUUCGUUCGAGGAGUACGAUGCCGGAGGAGACGCUGCCGAGUACGAGUCUGCCCCCCCUCCCGUGCCCUCCAAGACCGCAAAGUCCGACGAUCCCUUUGGAUUCGACUCUGCUCCUGCUGCUGCUUCCGCUGCUACUGGAGAUGAUGAGGACGAGUUUGACGACUUCCAGUCGGCCACUCCUGCCACCACUGCUGCCACCAGCGCUGCUGCUGCUGCUGCUCCUGCCACCAAGCCCGGACUCACCAACCUCGACGAUCUGUUCAAGAACAUCCCCACCAACACUGGUGCGAGCAACGGAUCCAACAGCAACAACCUCAUGGGUGGCAACAUGAACAGCUCCUUCACUGCUGCUUCCACCACCUCGGGUCCCAACUACGCUGCCUUUUCCUCUUUCCAGAGCAGCUCUGGCGGCAUGAGCUCUUCCACCCCUGCCCUGGGCGGCUCGGGUCUCGGUGGCGCGUCCACCCCCGCAUCGGCCUCUUCCACCGGCCUGGGAGCCGCCUCCAAGCCUGCAGCUGCCAAGUCAUCUGGCGGAGCAGACGCCUUCUCCAACCUGUGGAGCACCGCUUCCACAGGCGUUACCAAGGCCAAGAAGAACGAGCCCACAACCUCGUUGUCAUCCAUGGCCCAAAAGUCCAACGAGGAGGCUUUGUGGGGCGCUCCCGCUUCUUCGUCUUCUUCCACUCCUGCUCCUGCUUCUAAGCCUGCGGAGACCGGCAACCUUUUGGAUCUGUAA